UAUACUUCAACUUCUUGUUACUUCAGUUCUAGAAAGAAAUUAUGUGUAUGAUUUUUUUCGAAGUCUUUUACAUCUUUUACAUAUCGUAUAAAGAAAUAAAUGUAACGUCUCAGUGAAAAACACAUCGUCGAAACGCAGUAUAGUAAAUGGAUUUUAUUGUCUCAUUUAUGGCAGUAGAAUAACAUAAAAAUUAAAGUCUACUACAGAAAUAUUAUUUACAAUAAUGGAACCACUCUUUCCAUCGGAAAUAGCACGAUUAGUUUUGGGGUAUUUGAAAGAAGAAUGCUUGGAAGCUUUUCUUGAUCAACAUAAUGCAGUAGCUAGCUACAUUCAAAAUAAGCUUAAAGAAUUGACUCGAUCACAAACGAUAUCCAAUUCUGGGGAUCUUAUUAAAAAUUUAAAGACACUUAUUGAAACAAUUGGUGAAAGAAAUUCUGAUCGGAAUGAAGUAUCAGUGAUCUUUGAAAAUAUAACUCAUAGACAAAAUAACACAGAAAAUGUUAAAGAAAUAAGAUUAGAAAGCAAUGCAGAACAAAAACUUGAUUGUAGUUUAAAGAAUGAAAAGGUAAAAAUUGAAAAAUUAACAAAGGAUCAAGAAAAACGAUUAAUUGCUAAAUUCAACAGAACUAACUAUUUAACUCAUACAGAAAGAAGAGAACUAGCUAAAGAAAUGGAGGUCUCAGAAAUUGUAAUUAAAUCGUGGUUUCAAAAAAGACGAAACGAAUGCAUGCAUACCUGCAGUGAUCGAAAACGAUAUAAAAUUCGACGGGAUUCUAGUGAUUCAAAUGAUACGGUAUAUGAACCUUGUCCAUCUAUAUCUUAUUCAUCUAAUAAAAAUAAAAUAAGCUGCUCUUCAAGUUCUCAACGUGAGAGAUCUAGAUCAUCAGAUAUUUAGAAACGUAAGAGUAAUAAUUGAGAUUUCUCAAACAUAACAUAGAAGUAAAUACAAUUUACUCCCCUCAUUUAACAGAGUAAUAGUUUACAUCUGUAAAUCUCAAGUUUUGAAUCAAAAAAUACAAAAAAAAUUUUCAUCCACUAUUUUGUUCUAUUAAAUGAAAUCAUGAUAAAAAAUUGAAACCAUAAAUGAAAAUGAUGAAUCAGUGCAAUUUUAAAACUAAUUGACUUAUUUAACAACGGAUUGAUUGUGCUUACAAUUCAAGAUUUACAUGUAUACAAAUAAGCCUAUCUAGAUCGAAAGUAAUUAAAACAUGUACAAAACUUUUUUUAAAAUAAUACUUUACAAUUACAAUAUUCGUUAAAUAGUAAUGUUGUCUAUAAAUCGUACAUACACUGUUGAAUAUUCAAUGACACUUUAUCGUGCGUGUAAACUACGAAUGGGCGGGAUCCAAUUGUUUAGGGAGUUUCAGUAAAACUCGAACCGUAAAUAAUGAAGGUGGAAUUUUCAUUAAAGCUUCACCUGCUCAAGUUAAUUUUAUUUACACAAGAAUUUGUCACUUAAUAACAAAAAUAUUUUCAAAUAAAUGAAAAGCAGUAA